ACGAAAGAGGCUAAAGACUAAAACCACCCUGUGCGGACUGUAGGGACAAGCCAAAGCGUAGAUGGAAGAAGAAGAAGCAGAUCUCCCAAACUUCGAAUUAGAAGAAGCGAGCGGGAAGAACAACGACGACGGAAGGAACCAAUCAGGGAAGCGAGAGAUAUGCUUGAACGGCUGCGAUCGACCUGCUAACGUAUGUCUCUGCAACGAAUUGCCCUCGGAACCUAUCUUAACCUCCACCCAGAUCCUUAUCCUACACCACCCACACGAGCUCCGUCACAGGCUCGCCACCGUUCCCAUCCUCUGCAAAUGCCUCCAAAACUGCCAAACCCUAAUUGGCCGCCGCCUCCGCCUGGGCUCUUUCCCUCUUCUUGAUUCCCUCCACAACUCCUACAUCAACAAUCACUGUGGAGCCCGCCGAGCCGUCUUCCUCUUUCCUGGCACGGAUUCUUCGCCAGCGAUUGAAUUGAAUCAAUGGUUUUCUUCUUUUUCUUCUUCAGAUGAGGAUGCGUCGAGUGAUUUGGUUCUGAUUGUGUUUGAUGGGACUUGGAAGCAUGCGAAAGAGAUGGUGGCUGCGAGUCUUCCAUUCUUGUCCAAGUUUGCUUCAAAAGUUUGUUUGGAUUAUGAUGUGAAUGUGGAGGGUGAGACCAUAUUUGACUCGGAAUUGGUCUUAAGGAAGGAACCAUUUCGUGGGUGUAUGAGUACUAUCGAGGCUGUUGCUCGUUCUUUGCGGGUUCUCGAGCCUAAUGGGGUUGAGGUUGAACAGAGAUUGAUUUCGAUUUUGAGAGCUAUGGUCCGGUUCCAAACUUCGUACUUGAAGCCUUUGAAACCAAGGCCUAAGCUGUCCAAGAAAAGGAAGGAAGACAACAAAAAGAGCAGCUCUUUACAGUUGGGUUCGUGAAUUCUCAAAUUUCAAUUUUGUUCUUUUAGUUGCUAAGAUAGAUGACCACAGUGUAUUAUGCAUAGAGACCGCAUCCUUUUUUUGUUUUUGUUACUCAUCUGAUGGAAGAAAUCGUUGUCAACUGCCUCUGUGUAAGCAUCACCUCUCCACUAAUUUUGUUACAACCUUGCAGUCUUAUCACAGAUUCUGAUCCAAGAAACCCAUUAAAGUUGGAGUUGAAAAUAAUUUGCUUAUGUAUGAAUGUAUCCUUCAUGAGAAUAUCGGAUAUUACACAUGUAACAAGUUCAUGAUUCUGUGCACCGGCAUGCUCUUGAAUGCUUGUGUCUUUGUUGUUUGAUUGGAUUGAGAUAAACUA